AUGCGGAAGCAGCGCGAGUUCAGCAACCUGAGCAACGUGUUCGCCGACAUCUUCAGCGGCGCGCAGGCCGGCGAGGUUAUCUUCAAGGGCCAGUUCAACGGCGCCAAGGCCAAGGUCAUCACCACCGCCGGCGGCUCGCAGGGCAGCCAGGGCGAGACUGGCGCGGCGAGCGCGGCGGGGGAGGAGCAGGGCGAGGCGGCGGCGGAGGAGGACAGGGACCUGGUGUUGGCCCGCGCGCUGCAGGCCAUCGAAGACGACGCCUAUCGCACGAUGAAGCGGAUGGAGGAGGAGGACGAGCGAUACGCGCGCGAGCUGGCCCGCAGCGAGAACGGCGCUGCUGACGCAUCAACGCCGGCCGAGGCCGAGGCGACCGAGCGGCCGACGUCGGGGCGCCGACGACUGCUGAUCAGCAGCAGUGAAGGAGACGACUCGGCGGCGGCGGCGACGAUGACGAAGGGCUGGCGCGAGCUGGUGCGACAAGACUCGCUGACGGAGCGCGACCGACGGCUCGCCCUGCAGCUGCUCGAGGAGGAGGACCGCGAGAAGCGCAAGCGCGAGGCGGAGGACGAGGCGCUGGCCAAGUCCCUCAGCACUGGCGAUGGCGGCGGCGAGCCGGCCGGCAAGCGACGCCGCACCGACGAGACGGCGGAGGCGGCCGAGAUGACGAGCGACGAGCUGAUCGUGCGGCUGCUGCAGGAGGAAGAGGAGGAGACACACAGGCGCGAGCGUGCGAAGAAGGCCAAGGAGGAGGGGGCCAUGAGCCGCAAGCUCAUCGAGAAGCUGAUGCGCGCCGAGGAGAUGGACCACGACGAGUGGGUGCGGAGCGAGCUGGCCCAGAUCGACGAGCGGGAGGCGAUGAUGACGACGACGAAGAAGAAGAAGAAGGCGUGGCCGGGCUUCGGGUUCGGGUGGGGCGACAAGGAGCGGAUGCGGGAGAAGGCCGAGGGCAAGAUCGUGGGCGACAGCGACUGGAAGUCGACGCGCUUCUUCGCCGACACGUCGGUGCUCGAGGGAUUCCUCUUCUCCUGCGCCAAGCAGAAUGGUUCGGUGACGAUCACGAACGUGAUGAAGUACGACCUGGUGGAGAAGUUUGACCGCAAGUGGAGCGAAUUCAAGGCCACCUACGGCAGCACCGCCGCCGAGUCCCAGACCACGCUCGCCUUUCACGGCACGCGCGGCGAUUUGAUUCCAUCGAUCACCAACAAGGGCCUCCUCGUGCCCGGCACCGCCCCUGGCGUCGAGCACGUCACCGACUCUGGCUGGUACGGGUGUGGCAUCUAUCUGUCGCCCAAUCCGGACGUGGCGCAGGGCUACGCGGCCGACGGCAAGAUGCUGGUGUGCGCGGUGCUCAUGGGUCGCAUCUACACCUGCCCGGAGGUGAUGGAGGGCGUGGGCUGCCGCCGCGGCUACGACUCGCACACGAGCCCGUGCGGCGAGGAGCUGGUCCUGUUCGACGCCGCGCAGGUCCUGCCCUGCUACCUCGUCGUCUUCGGCGCGAGCUGA